AUGAGCAGAAGCCCCGGCGCAGUUCGAGGGCCGGAGCCGUUGCAGGACCCGGAUCCCCGAGCAGGCGCGUUGACAGAGCUGGGUGGCAUUCUGUCCCAAGUCGAGCAGGAACUGUCUGCCGACUUGGAUGGAGGCUCAGCGGCGUCUGAUUUGCAACAGUGCCGUGAGGUGGUUCGACGUCAGGUGCGACUGGAGGAGUUACGCCGCGUGCUGGAUACAGUCCGCCGGACAGGUGAGAUAGAGCCGAUCCGUUCGGCAGUUCAUCUUCCUCAGGACGCGGAAUGCAAGGAGCUGAGGGAGGAGCUUGCGGCUUUGGUGCCGGCAAAGAUGUCUGCCGAGCGCGAGGCUGCGGAGAUCAAGGUCGCUUGGAAAAGCGAUCGCAUCCGAAUUCACCAGCUCCAACAGGAGUUGCAGAUGCAGGCAGCGGCCGUUUCCGAAGCGGCUUCCUCAGCUUCCGCAAAGCCUCCAGGGGUCCAACAAUCGCCGCUGGCAGACAUCCAACUUAGAGUCUGGCAGACUCGAUGUGCCAGUCAGGAGGAAGAUCUUCAGCAGUGUCGAUCAAGGUGUAGCGAAUGGGAAGAAGCGUCAAGCGCUGCUCUCGGACGUUGCACCCACUUCGAGGCGUACGCCAUGGAGACAGCCAAGGCAGAAGCGCAGCUCAGCCUUCAGACGCAGAUUCUGACAGAAAGAUGCAUCGAGCUGCAAGCGAAGAUGGACCGGUCGAAGGUAACCCAGUACGACUUAUUUGGGCAGCUGGAGCAGCUCCGUAUUCAGAAUCUGGAACAGCACCAGCGCCUGGAGGCUACACUCGCCAAGAGCGAGCAGCUCCAGCAAGAGAACAGGAACCUGGAAGCCAGCAGUGCGGAAAUAGAGCUUCAACUCGCCGAGUGCAUGCUCUGCAAGCCGUCGUGCGAGCCGCGCGCAGAGCGCGAUCGCGUCGAUCUCCACAGCUUGGAGCGGCGCUACGCAGUGUCGGAGGCGGCCAGAGAUGGCUGUGCCCGACGUCUGAAGCUUCUCGAAACGCAGCAGGAAAAGCUUCAGCACGACUUGCAAGUGGCCCUAACCUCGAAGCAGGAACUUGCCGAAAAGCACAACUGCCUGCGGCUGGAGUGUGGGAACUUCGAGUCGCAGCUACGACUGGCAGAGCAGGAUGCUUCUUCCAGUGCUAAGCAUCGAGACGAGCUUGCCCAGGAGCAUUGCCAACACGCAAAACGGGCAUCCGAGCUGUUGGAAAAGAGCCAGCAACAAGAGCGUGCUGCGGAAGAGUUCCAGCGAAGAUUCGAGGAAAUGGAGAUUGCACUGGAGGCAGCCAUAUUGGCCAAGGAACGUAUGGAAGCGCGAGCGGUGGCAGCAGAAGGCGACAUGAAG